CAACCCGGCUGCAGUCCCAGCCGGGAGCCCGAACCUGCACUAGUUGGCCUCCGCGUCCUCUCCGGUGCAUUUUUUUUUUUUUCCCCCUUUCUUUUUCUUUUCUUCUUCUUCUCAACCGCGGGGUCCUCUGCUUGGUCCUCCCGCCGCUGUCGCACAGCGCGAUCCUCUUCCUGCCCUGCAGGUCCCGUCCCCCGCGGUGAAGCCCCGGCCAAAGCGGCGAUGCGCCUCAUUCAGAACAUGUGCACCAUCGCCGAGUACCCCGCCCCGGGCAGCGCAGCCGCAGCCGAUUGCUGCCUGGGGGCCGCGGGCCGCCGCCUGGUCAAGAUCGCCGUAGUGGGCGCCAGUGGCGUGGGCAAGACUGCUCUCGUGGUCCGGUUCCUCACCAAACGAUUCAUCGGCGACUAUGAAAGAAACGCAGGUAAUCUCUAUACCAGACAAGUCCAAAUAGAAGGUGAAACCCUGGCUAUUCAGGUUCAAGACACUCCAGGUAUUCAGGUCCACGAGAAUGGCCUGAGCUGCACUGAGCAGCUGAACAGGUGCAUCCGCUGGGCAGACGCCGUGGUGAUUGUCUUCUCCAUCACUGACUACAAGAGCUACGAGCUCACCAGCCAGCUUCACCAGCACGUGCAGCAGCUGCACCUGGGCACCCGGCUGCCCGUGGUGGUCGUGGCCAACAAGGCCGACCUGCUACACAUCAAGCAGGUGGACCCUCAGCUUGGACUGCAGCUGGCCAGCAUGCUGGGCUGCUCCUUCUAUGAGGUGUCCGUCAGCGAGAAUGACAAUGACGUCUACAACGCUUUCCACGUGCUGUGCAAAGAAGUGAGUCACAAACAGCAGCCCAGUGGCACGCCAGAGAAGCGACGGACCUCCCUCAUCCCUCGGCCCAAGUCCCCCAACAUGCAGGACCUGAAGAGGAGGUUCAAGCAAGCCCUCUCGGCCAAAGUCAGGACUGUCACCUCCGUCUGAAGCAGGGGUACUCGAGGGGGUUCGGUCUUCCCGGGAAGGGGUCCGGGGUGAUGCAGGAAUGUUGGACGCUGGCGGUUACUUGUGGUUCCAGGAAGGGCUGGAGCAGAGAGGCCAGGAGGGCCUGUUGAACCGCUUCAGGAGUGGAAGUGUCGUCCUGAGCAGGGGAACAGAACUGAUGUGGUGUGAACCAGUCACCUCUGAUGAUGCCAAACAGCCUCCACAACUUUCCCUCUGGAGUGGGGAGGGAUUGGGUGAUGGCUUGGGAUUUUGUUAACUACCUUGUAAAUGACAGUCAGUUGUAGAUUCACCCAAUAUAUUGAUGUGAUUUACAGUGGGAAUGAAAGAACAGAUUAAGCAUUCACAGACUUUUUUUUUUUUUCUUCUUUCUUUUUCUCCCCCCAAGAGAAAGAAUUGAUUUUCUUAUACAAGUAUGUGUCUCUGGAAUACUCUUCCUUAUAGAAUGACUUUCAAACCUGAAGGAUACUCAGAUUUCUUUUUUUUUUUUUUUUAAGAAAAAGAAGAAAAUGCUACCUCCACCUGACUAGAAAGAGUGGAGUUUAUGGGCCGAAUGUUAUAUAUGCAGGCGUGUGUACACUUCUGGCCUCAGACACAAUAUGAGGAUGCUGAGUUGGGAACGUGUUGGCUGGUUGAGAGCACAAAUUCUUCAGCCCCAAACUUUUGAAUAAUUGUGAGGCUGUAUAAGUUUUUUUUUUUUUUCAGAUCAUUGCAUCAGGUACAGAAGAACAAAAUGUGUCCGACUGAUUUUGGUGUGAUUUGUGUAAACACAGCAAUGACGCUGGGUUGUUUCCAGACCUGGCCGAGUUGUGGCUUAACUGUGGAAACACUAUUUUACAGCAAGUGAACAGAUGCAGGGGCGACUGCCGAAUCCCCUACACAGAUGCACUUUAAAAAGCCACUCAUGCUUUGGCUUAAACUGUAAUUUAUUUUAUGUACAAUAAAGCUCAUUUUAAAAGGGCA